AGCAGCUUACUGUGCAGAUUGCCGACAUCGAGUCGGAGCUCCGCGCGCUGCGCAGCCGCUCGGCGGAAUUCUCGGUCGAGCUCAAGGCCCUUGCCGCUCGUGUCGAGGUUCAGGCUGCUGCUCGUGCUGGUCCGCAAGGAGGCACCACGGGCGCUGGUGUCUGCAAGUACGGUAAGGCUUGCCAUCGACGUGAUUGCGUGUUCGACCAUCCGCAGGGGCGCACGAUUGAUGAGGGUUCAGAGAAAGCGAAGGCGUCGAGUGCUUCGCAGCCUCCCUCUGGACAGGCAGGCGAUGGCCCAAUGCGGAUCAAUCCGCGUGCCUCGCCAAUAAAUUAUUCGAAGUUUGAGAAUAUUGUAUUCGAGGACGCUAUUGACGACCUUCUCGGCGGUACGCUCGGCACAGAUCCCACGGUCAUUCUCCCACCUGAGCCCGGUGUCGAUGCAGGGCUGUGCAGGCAAAUCAAUAUCUUGGAUGGGUGGUGCUUCUUCUUCGACCUGCCCGUCGCGGUCUUGGGGUUCAUUGAGCCGGCGUUUUCCUCGCAUACUUGUUGUUCGUCUUCUUCUUCCUGGAUUUUCUUUUCAUUGAGGUUAUUAUGUAGGGGGCUUCCGCCAUCUCUCAUUCACCACGCGGGGUGGGCGGAUUGUCUCCCGUGUCAUG